CCAAGCCCACAGCCCCACACCCGCCACGCCCGUGCCUGCGCGACCCGACGGCCAGACCGGCCAUGGAGAUGGAGCUGCCCCUCCCGCUGCUGCUCGGCUCCGUGGCCGUCGCCGUCGCCGUCUGCCUCCUCCUGCUCCGCGGCCGCGGCGGGAAGCAGCAGGCGGCGCGCCUCCCGCUGCCGCCGGGGCCGCGGGGCUGGCCGGUGCUGGGCAACCUGCCGCAGCUCGGAGCCAAGCCGCACCACACCAUGCGCGACCUGGCGCGGGAGCACGGCCCGCUCUUCCGCCUCCGCUUCGGCAGCGCCGAGGUUGUGGUGGCCGCGUCGGCGCCCGUGGCCGCCCGCUUCCUCCGCGCCCACGACGCCAACUUCAGCAACCGGCCGCCCAACUCGGGCGCCGAGCACGUCGCCUACAACUACCAGGACCUCGUCUUCGCGCCCUACGGCGCGCGAUGGCGCGCGCUGCGCAAGCUCUGCGCGCUCCACCUCUUCUCGGCCAGGGCGCUCGACGACCUGCGCGCCGUCAGGGAGGGCGAGGUCGCGCUCAUGGUCAGGGAGCUCGCGCGCCACGGAGGCCGGGGAGCGCCGCCGGUGGCGCUGGGGCAGGUGGCCAACGUCUGCGCCACCAACACGCUGGCCCGGGCCACGGUGGGGCGCCGGGUCUUCGCGGUCGACGGCGGGGAGGGCGCCAGGGAGUUCAAGGACAUGGUGGUCGAGCUCAUGCAGCUCGCCGGCGUCUUCAACGUCGGGGACUUCGUCCCCGCGCUGGCCUGGCUCGACCCGCAGGGAGUCGUGGGCAGGAUGAAGCGCCUGCACCGCCGCUACGACGACAUGAUGGACGGGAUCAUCAGGGAGAGGCAGGCCGCCGAGGAAGGCAAGGACCUGCUCAGCGUCCUCCUGGCCAGGAUGCGGGACCAGCAGCCGCUCGCCGACGGAGAGGACGGCACGAUCAACGAGACCGACAUCAAAGCGCUUCUCCUCAACCUGUUCACGGCUGGGACGGACACGACGUCCAGCACGGUGGAGUGGGCGCUGGCCGAGCUGAUCCGGCACCCGGACGUCCUCGCCAAGGCGCAGCAGGAGCUCGACGCCGUCGUCGGCCGCGGACGCCUCGUCUCCGAGUCCGACCUCCCGCGCCUUACCUACCUGGCGGCGAUCGUCAAGGAGACCUUCAGGCUGCACCCGUCGACGCCGCUGUCGCUGCCGCGCGUCGCCGCCGAGGAGUGCGAGGUGGACGGGUACCGCAUCCCGCGGGGCGCCACGCUGCUGGUGAACGUGUGGGCCAUCGCCCGCGACCCGGACGCGUGGCCCGAGCCGCUCGAGUUCAGGCCCGGCCGCUUCCUCCCCGGCGGCUCGCACGACGGCGUCGACGUCAAAGGGAGCGACUUCGAGCUCAUCCCGUUCGGCGCCGGCCGGAGGAUCUGCGCGGGGCUCAGCUGGGGCCUGCGGAUGGUGACGCUCAUGACGGCCGCGCUGGUGCACGCGCUGGACUGGCACCUCGCCGACGGCAUGACCGCCGACAAGCUGGACAUGGAAGAGGCCUACGGGCUCACCCUGCAGCGCGCUGUGCCGCUGAUGGUCCGGCCGGAGCCCAGGCUGCUGCCGCCUGCCUAUGCAGUAGAGUGAAAACCGAAGCGUUUGAAAUCGGCUUUUAUACGGCGUGGUCAUCAAGUAUAAAGGAUACUCUUGUGGAUCUGCGAGCUAUAUAUAUCCAGAUCUUGGUGUAUGGUAUAAAGCUUUGCGAGUGUUCAAUGAAAUACAGUAUCUAGUUGCGUGAUUUUCCUGGUA